GUGAGUCAGAAACUGCCUUUCUUGGUUAUAACCUCCAAAACCUUCAAGUUGUACGACGGUCAAGGAGGACACUAACAACGUCGCCUGCAAGACCCAGCCAACUUUUUGCGGAAAGGCUGCGGAAUAGCCUAAAAUUGCUAAGUCAAUCAAGACCAGUGCCUGUAGGCAAGGUGGCAUGAGAGACACAUGCAAUGGAUUUGGUCACAAGCCGCCUACAGCAUUCGAUAUCGUGCCAGCCAUGCGGCCCUCCCUAUUAGAGGAUUGACCUCUAGCAUUCACUUCCCGUCAAACAUUGUUCACCCUUAUCCACCCCAUCCAUCCCUGCAUAGACCAUUUUCACUUUCUUGCAAAUAUCUUUCUCCACCGCAGGCACAUUCACUUCCUCUCCCCUCCCAUACUUAUACCCAAGAGGCUACCAACCCUUCGUCUCCACCUUCGCCUGCAACAGCUUCCGAAAUAUCCUUCGCCGCAGCCCGUGCUGUCCGAAUGUCAUGCGCGAAUGGCGCUAUUGCCGACGCGCUAUUCAUAGUCAACUCUUUGCGCCGUUCCAACCUUCCUCCGCAGUCUUCAACUGAUAAGGGCGGAGGGUUACUCAUGCCGAAACUCGACUACAAACCUAUCGACUUUGGUCAACCCGUCUCACCAGCUCUGUCUGCCCAUUGUCUGUUGCACCACUUCGUACGCCAACGCAUGUCGUUGAGAGCACGUCAACUUGCAGAACAUCUCAUGCAAGACGGCACUCCAAUUCGUGCUUCCACGCUGCAUGCAGUUAUUCAGUGUCAAACGGAACGAGCCAAAGAUGGAAAACUCUUACAGGCUCAAAGACCCUCACAACGAGACCCAUGGGAUAUCAAACCGAAACAAGUUGAAGACCAAGGCACACGCCUCGCUCUCAAGCUUCUUCUCUACGCCCGGCAGCAUCGGCAACGUUGUUAUGAGAACACCUACCAGUUCAUCAUCAAUAUUUGUCUCGUUCAGGGCGAAAUUAUAGUCGCGUCGCUAUUGUUCGUACUGCUGGUCAAAGACUGGGAGAUGAAGCGAGCAGCCGCCCAAGUACGAGAGCAGGAGUGGGAAGCGUCUGCGUCCAUACUGCCUCGGCAUGGACUUGGAUCACUAGACGGCAGCCCCCCUUCAAAACGUAUGUUGAAGAUGGUACUUUCCAAGGCGCAGAAAGAAAUUAUGCUUGAUCCAGCAGAGAAACACAAUCAGCCACGACGUGAAGCAGCUCUUCAAGCGCUCUGUAUCAUUGCCGGCCUUCUUGAUGCGCGAUUACUUCCUUACACGGAUGUGUCCUCCGUAUUACGCACCCUUUAUUCAGUGCCCAAAGACCCAGACAAAGUAUGGGCUACAGAGCUUGGCAAGAAAGUCCAGGUGCAGCCUCACAAGUACAUCCAUCGCGUUAUUCUGCAACUGGCGAGCGAUCUCUCAAGUUCAUCCGAAGGCGCCUGCCCACAACAAUCUGACGUCAUGCCCCCGCUUAGCCUUGAGUCCUACAACGCCCUCCUUCACUACGCAUUGCGCCAUCGACAAUCUAUCCCUCUUGCAAAAAGCCUGCUACAUCACUUGGAACACAAGCGCAAUCCACCUUUAAGGCCGGAUAUCACAACAUACAAUGUGAUUAUUAGGUCCGGCUCCUUGUUGAGGCAGAAUGACCUUACCGAGUCCGCCCUCGAACGAAUACGUAGGCUAAAGGAAAACGAUCAACAUGCCAUUAUGGUACGGCCGCCACCAUCGCUGGUAGUCGCUGCCGAUCGAUUGGAGGCAAACGGAGCAGAGUCCAAAUGGGCUGUCGCCCUGAAACAUCGGGAGGCUGGGCUACCAGCCAUGGGAAAACCACUCAAGGCCGACUCGUUCACGCUCACGAGCUACAUCCAGCACCUCACGGCCACAGGGAAACCUGAUGUUGUCGCUGACAUCCUUUUCCAUGUUAUCCCCGAGCUGUCCAUCAUCGACCACCCAUCAUGGGGCUCUGUUACGGACGAGCAACGUGUUCUGAUACGUACGCAAACGCGCCAGAUGCGUCUUGUGCGCGCCGUCUCUCUCGGGCCGCGGUUUUUCAUCGCUGUCCUCAAUGCUCUUCGCAAGGCUGGGAAGACAGGGCUCGCAGAGCGCGUGUGGUUGCUUGCAAAACAAGCCGAGCGUGCAAGCUUGACGGGUGCUAUUGGCAUUGAUGGCAAUGUCAUGAAGCCUUGGUGCUUGCCCAUCCAAGCGUAUACGAUAAUGCUGCAAUGCUACGGUGCUGAAGCACAGCGUGGUCUUGAGCUGCGCUGCGCCUUCAAGCCAAGAACAAAUGACUGGGCUCCCAAGAUUGGUGGCAACAAAGUGCGAGGUUGGGCGAGUUUUGUACUCGCUCAAAAUGCGGCUGCUCGCAAACACAGAUCCCGUCGUACUCUUGCGUUACUGAUGGGUGCAACACUCUAUCGAAUCAUGUGUCACGCUGGAAUGGCUGUCUGGAAUGGCUUGUCUGAGCUGCAGAAAGUAGACCAAGCUACUCUCGAUCCUCCCCGCCCAGACGCGCGUUUCUUCAAUGCUGCCCUUGAGAUGUUCGGUCGGCAGCCCAGGACUUUCCAGCGAUCAAGUCGUACGACCCCUGCGCACUGGCGACGCAAGGUCACUCUUGGAAAUGUCCAGUUCUCUAAGCUAGGUGUGAGGCCCAGAAACUGGAAUCCCUUCCUGGGUAGAAUUGUGAGGGAAAUGCAUGCACUUGGAUUCAAGAUUCCUUCAGGCUUCAGACGCUUGUUUGUAGGGCGGUGGCCGUAUGGCUUCGAAGAACAUCGACAUCGGCCUGAGCUCAAUAAGCAGCCAUUUGCCUUCCCGAAGCUGCGCAGGCCUCCUUUCCGACCACAUGCACUACGGACACUGAAGACGCGCGGUCUACCUGUUCGACGUACGGUAUGGAGGGUGCUUGGUAGGAGGUACCGGUGGAGGCACAGAUGGAGACGAAAAUUGCAGAAUGGAGGAAAAGUACUAUAA